CUCUCGGUUCGGGGGUGUGGGGUUCCAUGAUGGAAGGCCAGCCGGAUGCGAUGGGGCACAUACCUUGUUAAUGGUGACGUCGAUGCUUGGUCUAAGCCUCUGAUCUCUAGACAUUGAUCAGCUCUAGAGCUUCAGCUUCAACCUGUAUCUUCAAUUAUAGCUUCACCUUGACCAAGUCGUAACUUCGCCUUUCGCUUAUCUUCAUUCAAACUAUACUUAUACACACUUCGAACAAUGAGCGCCAUCGCUUCAUACACCUAUGGUAACUUUCUCUGGUUGAGCACUCAAGCGCUUCCUCUUAUUGUCUGGCCCUCCUUUGUCGGGUCUCUUCUUCGGCCUGGCAAUGAGACAUCUACCAGUUGGGCUCUCCUACAGCUCCUCGCUAUCGUAUCGGCUAACAACUCUCUAGCUUUGGAAACGUACUUUGGCCGCUCUUUAGGACUCGCUCUUCUUGCGCUCGGCCUUACCGUAGUGGUUCUCUCAGGCGUUCUUCCUCUCGAUUCUUCUUCCAAAGAAGCCCCCGAAGGCGCGCCGUCUCCCUACGCUUCCGCUGCGGUCCUCAUAUCCACCCUCCACCACGCUUCGACCGCCUUUUACUGCUACGGUCGCUAUUCCUGGACUGGAGAAACGGGGUUUCUACUGGGCUGUGUAGGAAGUGCUGUCUUUGCGACCUUUGGAUUGUACUGUGUGUUGUUUGCUGGUGAUACAGCCAUGACGAGCCGGUACCACAAGUUUGACCAGAGCACAAGCGGAUUCCCUUUCAAGAACUCUCAAUCGUAUCGGGCCAAGAAGAAGGCUUUGUAAGAACAUGCUACGGGGGCAAGUAUGUGUAUCGUUUAU